AUGUCAUCUGAAUUUCAAGCUUUGAAUAUUGAGGCAAUUCCUUUUAUUAUGGCUGUUUUAGGCCUAUCUUUAAUGAUUAUUUUGAGUGCGGCUGGUGCUACAAUCGGAUCAGUUAAGGCGGCAUCUGCGGCAGCAAUGGUAUCGCAUCGAUCUAAUGAUAUUUUAACUAAAGCAUAUCUCCCAGUCUUACUUUCAUCGGCGGUCUUUAUGUAUGCUAUGAUUAUUUCGGUGAUGGCAAUUGGUAAGAUAGAGAGUAGUAUGGGAUAUCAUGAGGCAGGGUUGUUAUUAGCAGCUGGAGUUAUCUAUGGGGUGGCAUCUCUCUUUACAGGGAUGAGUAUUGGUGCUUCAAAUAAGGAGAGUAUUGUUCAGCUGAGUGGGAAUAAGCAUAUGUUUAUUUCUUACUUGGUGAUGAACUCAACAAUGGAGUUACCAGCUGUGUUUUCGCUUAUCUGUGCCAUUAUGUUGAUAUCCCAGAAAUAA